AUGCAUUGCCCAGAGCUCCUGGUUGUUCUGCUGGGGUUCCUUGGUCAGUGUACAAAAGCCACACCGCCUCAUAUUUGGCCUCCCCCCUUGCAGGUGACCUGCUCAAAUGCCCAGCAACGUGUCUACCAGAAGCACGACACUGAAUUGAGCCUCUCCUGCGUCUGGGAUGGACAGGUUGACCUGAAGUAUUCCAGGAUGCCUGAAGGGACACCAGAGAUCGAGAGAGGAGUGCCAGAUACCCAACUUCUUCUUCCUCUUCCUCCUCCUCCUCACUGUCAGUGGUACCAAGACACCAUCUUGGUCAUGCAAACCAAUGACUGGUCAGGCCAGCUUGCGUUGAGCAAAGGCCUGGAUGGAGAAAGGCCCUAUCCACCCUGGGCCCUGACUCGGAUUGUAAUGCAGUGUGUGUCAGCCCUGUGCGGUCAACCUCCCUGCGCUCACCACAACUUUAGCGUUGACAUUUCCAGGCAAGAUGUCCACCUUUUCCUCCUGUCACCACAGAGCCUUCCUAUUUGGGAAUGGCAGCCUGUGACAGUAGGCUGGUGCGCCCGCUUCAAGAGUUCCCCCUGGAGCUACCGCUUGAUGAGUGAAGGGGGAAGCCCUGCAGGCCGCCUCAUUCCCAGUAACCAAUACAGCGAACCCUUUGCCUCCACGCAAGUCCUCCUGCAAUCGUUGCCCCGUGUCUGUGAAGCCUAUUAUCACUACCACAUCGCCGUGCGUUAUUCCCAGCGUGGAUCCUAUACCGUUUUGCUGCACCUAGAGAAUGGGCCUCCCCUCAGCCUCAGCCUAAACAUCGAUGUGCAGCCUGCUCUUCUCCACGUUUUCAGUGCUUCUUCUGCCCUGCUUAGUCAAACCCAGAAGCCUCUCGCCCUCUCCUGGAGUCUCCAGCCUCUGAGUUCCAGCAUAACGGCCUACACACUGGAGGACUUGCACGGACGAGAGGAAUGGUCUUUCUCCUACAAAUACAAUCCUUUCGGUCUGCAAAGCCAUUUCUGCGCUCCGCCCAUCUCGCAAGCUUCGGGAAAUAAGGUGAUCUCCAGAAUCUACUUCCGUACCAGUAAAACAUUCUCUGAGAAGCUGAACGGAGGCUUCAAUUUCUCUAACAACACCUUGAUUUUCCAAGGAAGCAGUGCUGCUGGACCAAUUUCCAUCAGGCUGAACCCACAGAAAAUCAAAAUAGGGACGUACUUUUUUAGCCAGGAAUCUGGGCUCUUGUAUUCCACCCUAGAAGGCAGUGGGCCCUCCAGUCUCCACCACCUCUUUUUCCAACAGGUGGCCCUUUCUACCCUGAUUUCUAUUGAAUUUGUGAAGACGCAAUGGUUCAGGUUUAGCAUUCACUUAUAUCUGAACCGAAAGGAAGGUCUGUUCAAAUCCUUGGCUGAGAAGGAGAUGGAAGUCCACGUUUUCAGUGGACAGUCUCCCGAUAAAAACUUGGUCUACGUUGUGUGGUUUAUUCCCAUGCCACAUCCCUACUUGCAGUGCGACUGGGCUUUCCAUCUGCAACUUUUUCAUUCCAGGCAGGAGCACAUCCUUUGGAAUAAGACAUACACAUAUAAGGACCGUGUUAAAAACGCCGUUCGUUUUCUUCCGCAUUCUGUCUUCUCCUUCAGACCCACACAGUAUGUGGGCUUUGUAGCAGAAGUGAAUUGCAGGCAAAAUGGACUCGUACGAGCGGUUUUAACAGCCGCCCUGGGGACUUACGCUUCCAAGGUGAUGGAGCCAGUUGUGCCCUGCCAGAAAAGUUAUUGCCGUAAACUGACCAUUGUCAUCCAUAAACCCAACCCUUCGGAACCUGUGUGGCGUUAUAAGAGAGAGAAAGACAUCACAUUGCAAGCAACAGCCGAAGUGAAAUGCAGGACUCGUCCAGAUCUUGAUUUUCUUUGGAAAAUAUACACGCUCAGCACCGCAUGGUCAAUUCCAGAUUGGCCAAACUCUCUCACGCUCCCCAAAGGGAUGAACACAAGGGGUAUCGUGUUGCACAUACCUGAAAAUGCCCUGCCGUAUGGCUUCUAUCAUGUGAAUUUGACCAUGAGUGUGCAUCUAUCUGCAGAAAACAUAACAUUCGUUCGGUCUGAUUCGGUUUACCUCCAAAUUCUAGGAAGUGGGUUAAGGGCAGUUAUGGUUGGAGGCCUCUUCCGCACGGUUGGCAUUUCUGAUUGGUGGUCUUUGGACGGGUCCUUAUCUUCGGAUCCGGAUUCUAUGGAGCCUCGGGAAGGAAUUCUGUUUCACUGGUUCUGCAGCAAACGAGAAUCAGACUAUUCUGUGAUGAAGCUGGGUUUAGGUCAGAAAUGCCACCCGCGGCAACGUGAUCUGUACUGGACCCACUCGAAAGAGCCGGUGCAAGUUGUUGAACCGAAGACUCUUCAGGAAAAUACGACGUAUUACUUUAAGCUGGUCGUUGUCAAGCGAAACCAAUCUGCCCCCACAUUUCAAGCCAUUCAUGUCCUUCCUGGUCCCGAGCCUGUCCUGCGUAUCCUCUGUUUGGAAAACUGCGAGAAAGGCAUCAAAGCCACUGAAAGAUUUACUCUGUAUGGAAAGUGUCUGAACUGUGAAAAAGCCCACUUGGUUUACUUCUGGAGCCUCCUUUCAGCAGAUGCCAAGGAAGUAUAUUUCGACUGGGCUUCCAAAACGACCACUGGGAGAACCACUCCAUAUUUGCAUAUAAAUUCUUUGGCCUUUAGCUCCAUGAAUGGCCAGUUGUAUAUCCUUAAACUGAAAGUGAGUAAGCAGGGAGUCCAGUUGGCUGUGUGUAGCUACUCUUUUUAUGUCCACAUGCCCCCUCGGAUUGGAAAAUGUUUCAUCGAACCAAGGGAAGGCAUUGCGCUGAUGACCAAAUUUACCCUCCGGUGCUCUGGAUUUGAUGACAAGAAGGGGCCUCUUCUCUACAGAGUCAUUGCCCGUUCUGAUCUAGCCCAAAUAGCUAAUGUAUCAUCUCUGCAAAAUAACACACUUGGGACCAUCGUUUAUCUUGGUCAUCAGCGGAACCCCCCGCCCUCAGUUCUUCCCAGCGGUGUACCCUCUGAAAAAUAUGCUCUGAACAUACUUGUUCAAGUUUACGACACCGAUGAUGCUUUUUCCCAAAUCAGUUUGCAGGCAACAGUAUACGACUCAAAGACCAGCAAGCCAACAGAUCUGGUUCUCAAUGAACUGUAUCACCUAGUCGGACAGCUCAAUACCUCUGCCUCUGCCUUCCUUGACACUGAAGAUUACUUUCACGCAGGCUUCGUUAUCUAUAUGGUGGCUUCCGAAUUAAAUAACCUUGAGCCGUCGCCCAGUUUUUACCAUUCUAAAAUUGAACUACGAGAAAUGUUACUUAACAAAACCGCGUGGAUUCCCAUCACCGAGACAGGGAUACUAAACCAAGUCAUCUCUAGCAUUUGUCAAAUAACGCAGAAUGCAAACGAAGUUAGUAGGAAGUCCCAGCUGACCGCAGUCCGAAUCCUCCGAAGGGCCAGCGAAGCUCUGAAAAGGCACAGAGACGUUGAUCUCGGUUCUCAAGAAGCUGAGGUCCUUGCUGGGGGCAUUUUUACCGGGCUGACUAAUGUGUUAAGAGCUUCCCUCUUGAACUCCAAGAAUGGGGCUGCGAACACCAUCAAGGAAAUCAUUUCAAUGUCAGAGUUUUUGGCAGAUAUAGUUUUACAAGGCAAAGUCCCUGGGGAAGACCACGUUAACAUGGAAGCCAAAGGCUGGUCCAUCCGUUUAUGGAAAGUGGAAAAGCGGGAAGUUUCUAGGGCUCUCUAUGAAAGAAGUUCUCAUAAGAAUUGCUUUUAUCCCAAAGUGAGAUUGGAAAGCCAGGCAGAGUUGCCAGCAGAUGCGCUGAUUUCCGUGGUUCAUUAUGUAUUUGAAGAGAAUCCUUUCCCUUGGCUGAGGAAGGCGGGAGAUAAUCAGACGGUCGUGAUGGGGUUCAAAGUGGCUGGGGCCAAAGCAAACGGUGACGUCAUUGGGGUCACCCCUAAAGUGGCCGAAGUGAUCAUGGAUAGAAUAGUUAAGGAUCCCGUCGCAUUUAAUCUGACGAUAGGGCUGGAUAAAAAGCGUGUGGCCACAGUUGGUGGAUUUAGCAUAGAAGUCAAUAGAAACUCACCAGACAUAUAUGUCCAGAUUUUGUGCCACAGGAACAUCACUUUCAAUGUCUCCAUCUACUUGGGACUCAAUUUUAGCUCCCCCCCAGUUGUGUCUUACAUUGCUUUCUCUGACAAGCCGUCUACUCUGCAGAAAAGUGGGGCCAAUGUCAAAUGUGCAGUUAAGGCUCCAUACACCCUCUGCCUUCCACAGGAAUUGCUUUGGUCUGAACCAGCAACUAAACGGAAUAUUUCAGUGGUCCUAAGAUCUCCCCCGCUGUUCAGAAGGCAGACCACCAAGAUCGUUCGCAUCGUGGUUUUUACCGCAAGCUGCCGAGACCUAGGUCACCUUCCAAACUUUGAACCGUCGUCCGAAGGAACCUGCCGCCUCGGCCCUCAGACCACGUUGUCCAAACUUCACUGUGUCUGCGGACCGAACCCCAGAAUGGCUCAGCAGCAAUGGGCAAAGCCUUCAAAACCUGAAGUCAGAUUUGUUGAUGACACGUUUGUGAUUUACCCCAAUCCUUUGGACCUCAAGAAAAUACUCUCAGCAAAUUUUGACACAAACCCAGUGACGGUUUUGACCGUGUUUUUCAUUUUUGCUGGCUACAUCUUCUGUUCGUCCUGGGCCAUCAUUAGAGAUAAAGAUGACUUGAGAAGAAAGAACAAAAUCUUUGUCUUGCCGGAUAAUGACCCUUAUCACAGAAUGCAUUAUCUGGUUACCAUCUAUACCGGAAGUCGCUUGGGAUCCGGAACCACGGCCGAUGUUUUUCUUGAAUUGAUUGGGAGAGAUGGUUACAGUGACGUCCAUCGUAUGAAGCACCCCAAAUUCCCAACCCAGUAUCGUGGCGCUGUUGAUACUUUUCUUUUCGCUACAAGAUACGACUUAGGGGAUAUUUAUUGCAUUCACAUAUGGCACAAUAACGGUGGUUCUUCCCCCAACUGGUACUUAAGCAGAGUCAAAGUAUUUAAUGUGGAUACCCAACGAUCGUGGCUGUUUAUAUGUAGGAAGUGGCUAGGCCUUGGCAAGGCGGAUGGCAAAAUAGAAAGAUACAUUUUUUCUUCAAAUCUAAAAACAAGGUUGGAGAAAAUGGAUUUCUUUCAGAUACACCUAGCUAGGGACUUAGAAGAUAAUCAUCUCUGGCUUUCCAUAUUUUCUCAAGUGGUCACCGGUACUUUCAACAGGCUACAGAGAGUCUCCUGUUGUCUGGCUAUAAUGCUUUCAACUUUGCUCCUGAACAUCAUGUUCUUCAGUGGUCAGGAAGAAGCAAAAAUUAUUCCAUUAAAAUUCCGGAUUGUGAGAUCCAUGUACAUUGGAGCAUUCAGUGCUCUGUGUUGCGUUCCUCUACAGCUGACUAUGACCAUCCUAUUUAGAUACUCAGCGGAAAAGCCUUCCGAUGACAAGGACGAUAUGGUGCCUGACUAUAGUCCCUCAUCUUCGGAAACAAGUGAGGAAGAGGAAGAAAGCUCCUCGUCGACCACUACUGAUGAAGAAGACGAGGGCAAAGCAGGUGAGACAACCACUGCCUCAGAAAAGGAGGGCACUAAAAUUAGUACAAGAAAAAGGAUAAUUCUGCUGAUCAAGGUGUUUACUCGGAAGCCACAGUUCGCCUGGUGGUGGAGAUACGUCGCGUGGGCCAUUGUUUUUUUCAUGUCUAUUGUCUCUUCUGUGUUCAUCAUCUUAUAUGGCUUCAGCUACGGCUAUAGCACCUCCACAGAAUGGUUCAUAGCAUCCAUAACGUCAUUUUUUGAGAGCGUAUUCCUGCUACAAACCCUAAAGAUGGCCCUCAUCUCAGGAGUCAGCACCAUCAAUCUCAAGUACUGCAAGCACAUCUCCUGGAUAUCGGCAGAGCAAUACCAGAAGAUGAAGCUGCUCCGGGUGAAUAUAGAUCCUAAGGAUGUCAGAAAGUUUCACCAUGAACUUGUCAGGAUUAGGCAGAGCAAAGAAUACGAGCCCUUGGAAGAGGACGAAGUCGUCAUCUUAAGGAAAAACGUACGGGCUCAACACCUGGCAUUUGUUUUCAUAAAGGACAUCAUUUGCCAUCUUAUCUUUGCCUCCUGCGUUCUAAGCAUAGCUUACUCCACUAUACCCACCGAUUCCUUUUACCACAACAAAGUGAUCCACGCUAAAUUUAAUCGUGGUCUGUCCAAAGUAACAAAACUUGAGGACAUUUACACUUGGAUGAAUGAAACUUUUGUACCAUUGAUACAUAACGACUAUCAACCCACCUACCUUUCAGAUUCAUGGUCGAAAAUUCUUGGUUUGCCCAGAAUGAGACAGGUCCGAGGCCUACAUCUUCCAAAGCCUUGUUUUCCUCCAGGCCACUUUGCAAACAAUUACAUGAUCGGCCAAAGAUCCUGUCACUAUGAGUUCGCUGAGGAUCCAGAAGAUCAAAAGCACUACCUAGGGUCAUGGACCAAGCCGGUCGACAAAACCGUCUCCAGUAACAUUGCCAAUUUUCAAGGAUUCACGUAUCAGUCCGAUAUUGAUCAAUGGGAAUAUAAGUCUUACGGUGUGGUAAAUUCCUAUGGCCCGGGCGGAUACUCGUUUUAUUUUUUCCCAGGAGAACAACGGCCAAACACGACAACAAGGUUGGAAGGUUUGCAAAGCAAUAAUUGGCUUGAUAAACGGACCCGGGCUCUGAUUUUUGAGCUGACAACAUUUAGUGUGGAUGUAGAGCUCUACUGCAGCAUCACAGUCAUUUUUGAGUUUACCAACUUUGGCAUCGUUAGUUCAACUUUGUCAAUCCAUUCAUAUAAGCUCUCUAAAUUCCAGUAUGAAAGCACUUCCCGGUUGGUGACUUACGGAGUCAUGAUUUACAUUCUUGUCUUCUACUUAGCGGAUGAAUUUCACAUGUUACGCCAAGAAAGGAUCGGUUAUCUCCAAACGGCGACCAAUUUAAAUAAUUUCGCCAUCAAGAACAUCUGUAUGUUUUUUAUAUUACUCAUCGCCUUGAAAUUCAAGAUGGCAUUCACCUUGCUGGAUUUUUAUCUGCUCAAUCCAGAAGAAUUUGUCCCUUUCCACGUUGUUUCUCAAAUUGAUCAGCUCUACACGAUAGUGGCAAGUAUUUUAGGUUUUCUCCUGGUGUUGAAACCCUACCGAUAUUUCAGGUUCUUGUACAAGGUGCGCCUUGCGGAGCAAACCAUGUCAGCCGCCUUCCCUGUGUUUCUUCAUUUGACAGCCCUCGCCAUUCUGUUGUUUUGCACAUUCAUGAUCUUUGGCUACCUCAUAUUUGGUCAGUAUGAGUGGUCCUUCAGUUCCUGGGAUCGCUCUCUGCAGGCUGUUGUUGCCUGUUGCUUUUCAGGAUUUAAGCAGAUGGAUGUUGCGUCGAGGUGGUGGCUCACCAUAUUUUUCCAAGGGUCAUUCCUAUUUACAGUGAUAUUCAUCUUCGUCAAUUUAUGGAAGGUCCUGUUAAUGUCAACUUACACAUCGAUGAAACAGACCGUUUACGAGCAACAUUCGGAUGAAGCCGAAGCCAUAAACUUUUUGUAUUUGAAGUUGCGAGGCCUAUGGUGUAAUCUAACCCGCCAGCCAGAUACUGGUGACGACUACGCCAAUGUUACAAUAUUUGGUAAAUCGGUACUUACGGAUAGACAGCAGCGGGGGCUGAAAUGCAGUAAAGUAGAAGGCAAGAAAAUGGUUUUCCUUACCGUUUGA